CGGGCCCCCCCCACCUCAUGCAGAGUGUGAAGGAGGAAAAACAGGAGGAAGAGCAACAGCUCUGUUUGAAAGAGAGAGACAUUAGAAUAAUAGCAUUUCCAACUCCAAUCCUCAGCAACUACCCCUUUAAAAAAAUAUUAAAAGAUUUGACUCUUGGAGAAGAAGGAGCGGCCCAUCUUCUUUCCCAAAACCCAUCUCAUGAAAUUCAGAUUCCCUUUCUCUUUCUGCAACAAAAGCUCAUGAAAUCAUGCCCACCUUCAGAUCUCUGCUUCUUUUUCUAACUUUGGUAUUACUGGGCCAGGCAGAUGGAAAACAGCAGGCCCCAUGGAGGAUCCACACCCUCUUCUCGGUGGAGUGCCAGGAUUACUUCGACUGGCAGACGGUGGGGCUGGUCCACAGCUUCAACAAGGCCCAGCAGCCGGGGCCCAUCACCAGGCUCCUCAGCUGUACGGACGAGCAGAGGAAGAGGUACAGGGGCAUGGGUCUUGCUCCCACCUUUGAGGUCCCUUCCAUGAGCAAGCACCCCAGGACUGGCGAUUGGUAUCCUGCAAUCAACAAGCCUGCCGGGAUUGUACACUGGCUUAAUCAUAGCAAAGAUGCAGAUAAUGUAGAUUGGGUUGUGAUUUUGGAUGCAGACAUGAUCAUCCGAGGUCCAAUUAUACCUUGGGAACUUGGAGCAGAGAAAGGAAAGCCUGUUGCUGCAUACUACGGAUACUUGGUUGGAUGUGAUAAUAUUCUUGCCCGUUUGCACACAAAGCAUCCUGAACUCUGUGACAAGGUUGGAGGACUUCUAGCUAUGCAUAUUGAUGACCUGAGGGUCUUGGCACCUAUGUGGCUUUCAAAGACGGAAGAAGUACGGGAGGAUCGGGCCCACUGGGGAACCAACAUAACUGGUGACAUUUAUGGCCAGGGGUGGAUCAGUGAGAUGUAUGGCUACUCGUUUGGUGCUGCAGAAGUGGGUCUUCGCCACAAGAUAAGCGAUGACUUGAUGAUCUACCCAGGUUAUACUCCUCGAGAGGGUGUUGAACCUAUACUUCUACACUAUGGUUUGCCAUUUACUGUUGGAAAUUGGUCAUUCAGCAAAUUAACCCACCACGAGGAUGAUAUUGUUUAUCAGUGCAAUCAUCUUUUCCCCCCUCCACCUUUUCCUAGAGAGGUUCAAAUGAUGGAAACCAACCCAAACAAAAGGCGGGGCUUAUUUUUUAGCAUAGAAUGCAUUAACACGUUAAAUGAAGGCCUUCUGUUACACCAUGCAUCAGUUGGGUGUCCUAAGCGAAUUUGGUCGAAAUACUUAAGUUUCCUAAAGAGCAAGACAUUUUCUGAGCUUACCAAGCCGAAAUAUUUAACUCAUAACAGUUCACAAAGUCAAAAGGCUGAAAAACAACCAGCCAUUGAUGCACCGGAAAGGCCGCAUCCCAAAAUCCAUACACUUUUCUCCACAGAGUGUUCACCAUAUUUUGAUUGGCAAACUGUAGGACUUGUCCAUAGCUUCCAUUUGAGUGGUCAGCCUGGCAAUAUCACACGGCUUCUCAGCUGCACAGAUGAAGGCUUGAAGCGAUACACAGGCCAUGAUCUGGCCCCUACUCAUUAUGUUCCAUCAAUGAGCCAGCAUCCGUUGACAGGCGAUUGGUACCCGGCUAUUAAUAAACCAGCCGCUGUUCUUCAUUGGCUUAAUCAUGUGGAGACUGACGCUGAGUUUAUAGUAAUUCUGGAUGCAGACAUGAUUCUCAGAGGCCCUAUUACACCAUGGGAGUUCAAAGCAGAACGUGGCCGUCCAGUUUCGACUCCCUAUGAUUACCUUAUUGGUUGCGAUAAUGAGCUUGCCAAGAUUCAUACACGCAACCCUGAAGCUUGUGACAAGGUUGGUGGUGUAAUAAUCAUGCACAUUGAUGAUCUGCGGAAGUUUGCAUUACUGUGGCUGCACAAAACAGAGGAGGUCCGAGCUGACAAAGCUCACUAUGCAACUAAUUUUACUGGAGAUAUUUACGGGAGUGGCUGGAUUAGUGAGAUGUAUGGCUACUCAUUUGGUGCAGCAGAGUUGAAUCUGAGGCAUUCUAUAAACAGUGACAUACUGAUCUACCCAGGUUACAUUCCUGGACCAGGAGUUGAACCCAGGGUCUUCCAUUAUGGAUUAGAAUUCAGUGUAGGAAACUGGAGUUUCGACAAAGCUAAUUGGAGGAACACUGAUGUGGUAAACACGUGCUGGGCCAAGUUUCAGGACCCACCUGAUCCUUCAUCAGUUGCUUCAACAGAUGUAAACAUCCAACGGAGGGACCAGCUAAGCAUUGAAUGCAUGAAGACACUGAACAAGGCUCUCUAUUUGCACCACAAAAGGAGGAACUGCCUUGACCCGAGUGCCCAAACCAACUCAAAUGAAGGGAUCAAGAGGGAAGUCGCAUUGCCACAGAGUUUUGGGAGAACUGACGGAAGCUUCCGCAGAAUAAGAAGGUUAUCCCUGCCAGAUUUUGCAUCCCACUCAUCGCUCCUAGAUGCGAAGGACCAAGUCUUUAGUUCUUUAAGAUUUUGGAUGGUUGGCCUAUGGGCUAUCUCAGUAUUGGGCUUCUUAGCUGUUAUCUCAGUGGUACUAUCGGGGCGUAAAGGGGAUGGGCUGAGGAGCAAGCCUUAUAGAAACAAACGGAGAUCUUCUUCUGGAUUUUCAGAUACAAAUACAAAUUCUCAGCAAUUUCAGGAUUAGCAUUUGUGUAGUGCUGAAAUGGUUUCUAAACCUUACAAAAGCCUAGGAAUCUGUUGCUUGUGUUGAGCGGAUAAUAUUCCACAGAAGAAAACAACUAUUUAUCUGCACAUUUGGUGCAUGGAGAAAAAGGCAAUAUGGUCCAGACGGGUAUCCUGAGCUCUUAGAGCACUGACGAUAGGCAGAGAUCUACAACAUAUGCUUGUUGAUGUGCUUCCAUAUCCUGUUUGGGGGUCAGAAAUCUUGAUCAGAUGGUUAUUGUUUCCAUGUGAGUCAGGUUCCUGGAAAGUAUUCUUAAGAGAAUUCCAGUUGACGUUUUACUUCCAAAUGAUCCAGUUCAAUUUUGGGAACAUGUCAUGUUGUAUUUGAGUUUCCUGUACUGUAUUCUCAUUGUACAGGGGCCUUGAGAUUUGAGUUCCCUUUUGACGUUUUAAACUUUAGGUAUAAUCUCACAUUUUCUUGUAAGAAAUACCAGAGGCAAAGGGAUGUUGAUUCUGUCCA